AUGACAAGCUGCCCGGUGCUCCGUUCGCACGCGCCUCGAUCGAGGCUCGCUCGGCCGCUCUCGGCCGACUCGUCCCGGGGCGGUGACGUAGUGCGAAGACCGGCGCUGGCGAUUGGCUCCCACUUGGCGCUGGUCACAGUGUCUCCUCUUGCCAAUUGCACCUCCUUUAACCAGCCACGGCACUCCUUGGCGCAACCCUACCCUGACCAACUUUUCCUGAUCAUUCACCACCAUCCAAUAGUGAGUACCUGCGCUCUGCUCGCACCACCCAUGCUGCGCUCGAGGAACACGGCUACCCCGACUCACGUGCUGAUCACCUCGCCGACCGCUGCUCCUUACUGCCCUCGCCUCCUACAGUGGGCUCAACAUUCCCCGACUACUAUGCCAUUCUAGGUGAGAGCUACCAGCCAGAUACCUACAUCCACCGUGUGCCGCACGACACCAAUUGACACGUCAUUUCAUCUCAUCUUGGAUCGUGGCUUGGUGACGAGGCAGGCAUCGAACCGAGCGCCACACCCGAACAAGUCAAGACGGCCUACAAGCGCAAGUCGUUGCUCUGCCAUCCCGAUCGAAUCCCUGCUGGUCCAGGAGCCGAAGCCAAGAAGAAGAAGGCGACUGUUGAAUUCCAAGCGGUCAGUCAUGAAUGAUGGGGAGGGGAAAGUUCGCCGUCUGUUCGGAGAACUGACGACGUGGUCGGUACAUCUGCUCGGAUAUCUCCCAAUCACAGGUCGCGGAUGCGUACUACACCUUGUCGGACACUUCUCGGAGAUCCAACUAUGACCAACUAAGAUCUUCGCGCCCUUCGUCGUCCCGGACAUCCAACUUUGAUUCGUCCUCCUCGUACUUCAACUUUUUCAACUCGGCUCGCCAAUCCAACACCGCCGAUGCGCAAGAAGCGUACGACGACGACAAGGAGAGCGAUGCAGGGACCCAACCCGACGCGGAACACGUCUUCGGUAGCGUGUUCGAGGACAUGCUGAGACCCGAAGUCAAUCGACACGUGCCCGUUUGGACUUGGGCAGGCGCAGCGAGUGGCGCCGUGCUCGGAUUCGUCAGUCAGGCCUUGAUGGGUUUAGCGACAAGAAAGGAUGAGCUCACUGACGUUGUAGCUAUCUUUGCCUUUCUCAUCAGAUUGCCGGGAACUUACCAGGAGCCGCUGUGGGUGGCUUCGCCGGCUCGAAACUUGGGGCCGUGCGAGAUGCCAAGGGCAAAGCCGUCUACACCGUCUUCAAAGAGCUCGGAUCGGAUCAGAAAGCACAAGUACUGGCCGCUUUGGCCGCCAAAGUGUUUGGGAUGGCAGGGAUCGGGGGACAAGGAUCGCGAUAG